AUGUUUCUUCUCGUGAUCGGGGCUUUCACGGCCUUUUUUCUCUAUAAGGUCGCUGAAGGUGCCUUGCCCCAGCUUUUUCUUGUUCCCCCACAGCAUUGGCAGGACAAGAUCAACAGAGUAAUUGGGAGCGCAAAGCCCGUCUACUUGAAAGUUGGACUAAAAAGGUCGUCUUUUAGAAAGCGUCUUGUGGGUGCAAGUUUCCACCCAUCCUUCUAUACGAAUUUUGUGGAGAAUAAAAUAAUCUUGCUGCCAAUUGAUAUCCAGAAUAGGGAUACAUUUACGGAGAACCUCACAAGACGAGACCCCAAAGACCCGAGGAGAUGCAGGCUAUACGGAUUUUUCCAUCCAUAUGCCAACAACGGAGGCGGCGGUGAAAAAGUCUUAUGGCAAGCGGUUCACGCCACCUUGGCACAAAAUGAACGCAAUAUCGCCAUCAUCUAUACAACCAAUGUUGAAGCCCUGCCAAAGGAUAUCUUGCACAAAGUGGGAUUGAAGUUUGAUAUCAAAGAAUUGGACUCCAAGAGGGUGGUUUUCGUAUACUUACGCAAGUUCAGUAAGUGGAUUGAUGCAGACGGCUGGAAACACUUCACACUAAUCGGGCAGCUAUUGGGUUCAAUGCUCUUGGCUUUAGAAGCCCUAUUUGAAUUGACUCCCGACGUAUGGGUCGAUACUAUGGGUUUGCCUGGUAGCUAUUUGCCUGUGAGCAUUAUUGUCAAGAUCCCAAUCAUUGCCUACGUCCAUUAUCCCGUGAUUCAACUAGAUAUGUUCAACAAGCUUAAGUUUCAAAAGUUAGCUGACUUGACAAAACUCGAACCAAGUCUCGCUGACUUGAUCUCUGUUCUCAAGUUCGGUUAUUGGACAGCAUUGUAUUAUUUUUACACAUACUUGGGUUCAUGUGUUGAUAUUACGUUAGCCAAUGGUACAUGGACCUAUAACCAUCUUAAGGCGAUCUGGAGUCUGAAUGCUUAUUUGGGUAAGGUUGUUGAGAUCUUGUACCCACCAUGUGCAACUGAGACCUUAGUUAAGAGUGCAUCGUUUGAAGCACCAAGAGAGAACAAACUUUUGUACAUUGCCCAAUUUAGACCUGAGAAACGUCACGACUUGGUUCUAGAAGAGUUUGCCGAGUUCUUGAAAGAAGCCCGCACUGCAAAAUUACCACUCGAGAAGAUCCCUUCAAUCGUCUUUUUAGGAUCUUGUCGUACACCAGAGGACUCUGGGACCCUAAAGAAGCUACGUACACAAGUCACGAUGCUCAAAUUGACAGAGUAUGUGGAGUUUGUCGUUGAUUGUUCUUUUGAUGAGGUGAAAGAACAGCUCAAGAGAUGUAAAUUUGGUCUCAAUGCUAUGUGGAAUGAACAUUUUGGCAUCGGGGUAGUGGAGUACGUGAGUUGUGGGGUCGUUCCCAUUGUGCAUGCAUCUGCUGGUCCUCUUUUGGACAUCUGUACUACGAGCGAGCCAAGUUUGACAUGGGAGAAUGAUUUUGGAUUCUUCUUCAAAAGUCUGCGAGAUCCAGACUUCCAUGGAAUCAGGGUAGAUAAUAAUCUUGCUUUUACAGUGAGAGGGGAAAGAGCACUCUACCCACCCUUGCAUCAGCUUUUGAACAAGAUAUACAUUGAGGAUCCGGAAAUUGCUCUGAAUGACUCCUUAGCAUUCAAAAGAAUGAAUGGAAGCUCCCUCAUGUUGGAAAAGUUCUCUAACCUGAUUUUCGACAAGAAAUGGAUGGAACACUUGACGGUUGCGGAACUGUUGGAAGAGACAUUUCGACUUGAGAAGCGUGGCAAGGUUGAGGCGGUUUACUAA